GAGCGAGCGCGUUCACAGAACAUUCUGGGUAUCUACUGAAGACUUCCAGGUCAGACAGCUAGCAUGAAGCAAGGAGGCUUCAUUCAUUGUCCGCCCUAACCAAAACUCUAUAUAUAAAAAACGCAACAAUGACACUCACACCUCUUGUUUACUGGGCUCAACGCCAUGAAGAAAUUUACCUACGAGUGGAGCUGACAGACGCUCAGAAUAUUGAUGUCCAUGCACAGGACAACGUCCUUCAGUUUAGAGCCCAGGGCCAUGGUGCAAAAGGACAAAAUGAAUACGAGUUCAGCCUGGAGUUUCUUUCACCAGUAAAGCCAGAGGUGAGCUACAAGUCCACACAGCGGCAGGUAAAUAUUACAGUGCGGAAACAGCAGCGUGGCUGGUGGGAGAGACUGACAGUACAGGAGCGUAAACCUGUCUUCCUGGCACCUGACUUUGACCGCUGGCUGGACGAGUCAGACGCUGAAAUGGAGAUCCGGGAAAAGGAGGAGAAAAGGAACAGGCUGAGGGCUUCAAGGCAUAAAGAAGAAGGGUUUGUCAGCCUGAAAACAGGAUUUUUGUUUGUAUAUAACCUGGUGCAGUUCCUUGGUUUCUCAUGGAUCUUUGUCAACAUGACUGUGCGCCUCUUUAUCUUUGGCCAAGACUCUCUCUACGACACAUUUCACACUAUAUCGGACGUGAUGUUUUUCUGCCAGAUCCUGGCAGCAGUAGAGGUCCUCAACGCUGCUUUUGGUGUAGUCAGAACAGGUGUUGUUCCAACUCUUAUACAGGUGGUUGGAAGGAAUUUUAUCCUCUUCAUCAUUUUUGGUAGUUUGGAGGAAAUGCACCACCGGCCAGUUGUGUUCUUCGUUUUCUAUUUGUGGAGCGCUAUCGAGAUUUUUAGGUAUCCAUUUUACAUGUUGGGCUGCUUUAACACAGAGUGGAAAAUUCUCACAUGGCUGCGGUACACAGUCUGGAUACCACUGUACCCAUUAGGUGUUUUAGCCGAAGCUGUUGCUGUCAUACAAUCCAUUCCCAUCUUUUACGAGACCAAACUCUUCAGCAUUCCUCUGCCGAAAGCCAUUGGCACCUCCAUCAGCUUCUCUUACGUCCUGCAUGUCUAUCUUGUUCUCAUGUUUCUGGGACUUUUUAUCAAUUUUCGUCAUCUGUACAAGCAGAGGAAGAAGCGUUUCCGUACCAAGAAGAGAAAAGCAAACUGAGAUCAAGCACCAUAACAACAACAAUCCUCAAACACCUUUGCUGCCUGCUUAUUUCUGGAGAAUGAUCCUUACAAUGGUCCAGUCAAGUCAGUAAUGUUAUGAAUAAUAAUGUUUCUUUUUCACACCUUGUUUGCUCUCACUAAAAUGAUUUCCUUUUUGGUCAACAUGAACAUCCUAAAGAUGAUGCAAUAUUUCAUCACUGCGCUGAUAGUCUCACUUACUGGUGUUUGCUCUCUUAUAUAAAUUUUGUAGAUUUGUGAUGAGCCAUAGACCUUGAUGUCGUGUGUGAUACUGUGUUUCUUCUUCCUUUUAAUCUUGGUUGAGGUUUUUCUUUUUUCUUUAAUGCAGUGGUAUUUUUGGUUGAAGAUAUGUCAACAAGCACUGAUCAGGAAACCCUGCUGCUGUCAUUUGAUAGUAAUUAGUGUAUAAAUGAAGAAAACAUUCUCAACAAAUACUGUAUUUGUUAUCAUUCCAGAUUUCUGAACCGUCCCACAAUCCUCAGGGAAAAUUAUACUGGUGUUUGCUUAAAUACAGAAAGCGUUUUGUGUCCCUUGUGCUCAGCGAUAACUUUUAUUUUUAUCCCUUCCUCACAGCUGUUUUAUUAUUUUGAUAGUCACCUAAAUUUUAAAGGCAAACAUUAACAGUCAUUUCCCAGGUUUCUUGUAAAUGUGGCAGUUAUUUGACACUGGAUAAAAAUGAAAUUUAAAUCUGUUCUAUUUGUGAAAAACGAUCCUACAAAGUAACGUAAAAAAAUAUGUACACGCAAACAUAUUACAAACACCUCACUGUAUACGUUUUGCCAUGUUUAGGCAGUGUCACAGAGGAGUUUAAGUUAUCCACCAUUAAUCACUUCCACAAACAGGUUCUUGAAGCAGCCCCCUUUGAUGAAUUCUUCAAAUAAACAUCCAGCAUACACCUGGUGUCUCCACAUUGGUC